UGGAAGGAAAAUGAAGUUGUGGCUGUGGCUGUGUCUAACAGGGGUAUGGGCUGCGGGAGCAGCCUUUCAUCCCCAGGAUUCCAUGAAGGUGGCUCCACAAGGGUCUCUGUUUCUUGAAGAUAAUCCCAACUUCUUUGAUUACCCAGAUUCAGCCAGGGACAAAAUCCAGGCUGUCUCCAACUUCAUUGGAGAGAAACCUGUUUACUUCACUUCAGAUUCAGGCUUCAAAUCCAGGUUCUUGCACCAAAUAUUGUUUGGUUCAUUCAUCCUCCUCCUUAUCACCAUCCUCUACCAGUUCUGCACCCACAUGAGUUGCCAAAGAGGGUCCUAAGGAGAUGGACAAUCCAUCUCUGCUCACAGCUCCAUGACAACCUAAACUCAUCCCCUCUACAAAUUACUAAAUAAAAACUACUCAU